ACAGCAUACGGAUGGGCUACUCACCGCCAGUUCACACGCCCCUCAGAGCCAGCACACCAUCUAUACCUCUGCUGUGCGUAUAACUGCUGCGACGCAACCUUUCAUGCUGCCUGACUCCAGCAGACAUGGCUGACAAGACGCCGAAAGAACCCAGCGCUCCCGUUGCGACCAGGAUAGACCCCAUGAAAGAGGGUCUUUCUCAGGAGCAGAUCCACUUCAUCAGACAGGUAGAGCUCCAGCAGUGGAAGAAGAAGACGCAGAAGCUGCGCGCACGAAACGUUGUGACAGGACUCGCCAUUGGAGCGCUCGUGCUGGGAAUCUACGGCUACACAUUCUACUCAGUCUCCCAGGAGCGGAUUAUGGAUGAGAUGGACGAAGAAGCCAAGCGAAGGACGCAGGGACCAAAGACUGGAGCCAACUGAGCUGCGCGCGUCACCUGCUAGUUUUCAGACUGUGUGUCUGUCCUGCACUUAACUGAGAAGGGACUUCCAUGGACGCUGACGCCACUCAUUCAUAUUCCAUGGCUGGUCGGCAGCUUUUAUCGUGUUGAGACAGAGGUGGACUUUGUUUUUUUCCCCCCCUGAAUGUGAAGGGGAGUUGUGUUGCUUGGUUGCUGAUGUCAGCUAUCUGUGUCCUGGUUGUCCUGGUUUUGAGUGAGUAAAUGGGAAAGAGUAAUCCACUGACCCUAAUUUGCCACCUAGACUGUAGAGGAAUUACAACACCUUCUCAGAGAAGUGUCCAACUCUGAUCAUGUGAUACACUCAGUGCCAGAGGAAGAUUUUAAAAGUAGACGCUAAAUUAUGUUAAAUCUACAGUGGCCUUUAAAAGCACGACGCAGCGACACUGCUGAAAUGACACAGAGAUCAAGCUGUUAACCAUAUUUAAGUUGAUGAGAUGAUUUGUAUAAUAAAACUAUGAUGUAUAGAAUCUUUUCCAAA